CGUCGAUUUAGUGGUGCGCCUGCAGUUGAAAAUAAAGCUCCCCAAGAAUGUAAUCAAUACUGAAGUGACUCUAGAUUAAUUUUUAAACCGAUCAAUUGUAUAUGAGUCACCAAACCAAACAAAGACAGUGCCCUUCUACAAGCAAAAUUAUAUAAAAUCCCUGGAUGUGGUGAGAAAAAUACGAGACACGGAAAUCAGAUAACAGCCAUCUUUGAACGCAAUCAUCAUGUGACUGUGUGGUGUCUGUGUUGAAUUGAAGGAGUAAUCGAUUCGUAGAGAUGGCCAAGAGCUGAGUAGAAAGUUCAUUCGUUUUCAGAAGACAUUUGAGGAAGUAAUUAAAAGGAUUAGUCAGAAUGAACGUCAACGUUGCAGGAUCCAGCUCAAAGGCAAUGGGUGUCGAGGAUGAGCUGAAGAGACGGGGGUCCUUCAGAAAAAUAUUGCCUGGUGGAUCUGGGGGAGAUUCACAGCUCAAUACGUCUAUAAAAAUGAUUGACCGUCCUGAUGUUGCUGGGAGUAACAGUGAAUAUGUGGUUUAUCUGCAGGAGUACAGUAUUUUAUCGGAAUAUAACGUCCUUCAGAAUCAGGAUCUGCGGGGGAUUUAUGUGAUUCCAUCAGCAGAGAAUUCUUUCUUGUGGUUCGGAGUGUUAUUCAUACGUCAAGGAUUCUAUCAAGGUGGAGUCUUCAGAUUUACGAUGACCCUGCCUGAAAAUUUUCCAGACGGUGGCUGUCCGAAAGUUGCCUUUCAAUCAAACGUCUUCCAUCCACUAGUUUGCCCAGAGACAAACGAGCUCAACACAUCUGCCGGUUUUCCGGAAUGGAAAAAAAACAACAGGAUAUAUCAAUUAGUGCAAUUUAUCGUUAAAGUGUUCACUAAAGUUGAUGGAAAACUGCCAUCGACAAAUGUAGAAGCGUCCACGCUAUUAGAUAAUAAUAUAGAAGAAUUUCGUUCUCGUGCGAGAAAAUGCGUACGAGAAAGCCUCGACCACGUCUACGAUCCUCCAGAGACUGAGGAUAGUCACUACAUGAAAUUCACCUCAUGGGAUCCAGAGAUACACGAGCCAAUUAGACAAAAAAUUUACGAACCAAAGAGACAAGAACCAGAGAGAACGCCCACCGGAUUUUCCUGGGUCCAGCCUGGUUCGCUUCAACCGCUAUCGAAACUCGAGGAGCCAAGAUAACGCUUGUAGCACGUGGGUAGGUUACAAUGUUGACGAAAAUGCUCUAAAUUACACACUGCUUGCCUUCAUACACUUAAACAGAGGAAUGAAUACGAAAUAUUUUUAUAAAAACUUACAAACUCAAUAAAUCUUAUUGGAUUACAAAAAAA